AUGUUAUUCAUAAUAGUCUUGAAACGGUGGUCAGUCUUAUGCGAAAGCGGAGGUCAGUGCGAUGAGGGAUGGGAUGAAUUUGGUGAUAAAUGCUUUAAGUACCACAAUGACAUGGUUGGUGCUAAUUUUCACGACGCUAUGACUGUCUGCGAGCACUUCUAUGGCGCCACUCUUGUCACCAUUCAUUCGGCCCAAGAGUUUGAUUUCAUUUACAAAAUGGUUUUCGAGGAAAAACACGCCAAACAUCCCGUUUGGAUCGGUUUGAUCCGUGUCUCCAAUGAGUCGUUUGUCUGGUUUGACAGAAGUCCUCUUAAUUACACGAAUUGGGGUCCUAAUCAGCCAUACAACUUGUUAUCAAAGUGCUACUGCACUGUACUGAAUAGUGUGGCAGCGGUUAGGGGCAAGUGGUAUGACGUGGGCUGCACCAUAACCUAUCUGGUCCUGUGCCAGAAAUAUCUGCACCACAAUACAGACAAUGAGGGCAUCAACCAAACAUCUAAUGGCAUAUCAAUUGCUGAUCAAAUUAAUAUGGUGUUAGGCGAUGUGGAAAGUGCUAACAAUCGCUUUAUUUAUCAACAGUUCAAUGCAUUGGCAUUUAAAACAAAUGCUUUUAUUAUUCUAAAUGUAAUUCUAAUCACUAUAUUAUUUGUGAUUUUUGUGCUUUUUAUAGUUAAAUAUAAUUAUCGGUCUCUAUUCAUAAGACGUAAACACCAAACAAAUGACAAUUUCUCUCUAUUUGCUAAUAAUUCUGAC